GAUUGGCUGUGGCCAUAUUCAGAAGAACCGGAAGACGAUCUGAGACCGUAUUUGGAUGCAGCAAACAAAUUAAACAAAAGAACAGCACAUGUGCCCGCCAGCACAUUCAUUCUGCUUGUCUAUCUUGGACGACUGGCAUUGGCACUUCUCGUAUUGUUCCUACAGAUCACGAUCGGAUAUGUUGUUUACCAAUCGUAUGACCUCCCUUUUCUUCUGUUUCAGGAUUUCCUUCAAGCGCUUGUCAUUAUUUCUUGUUAUUCAUUCUGUACUCGGGUGUCCUCUUGGUACUCAAUGUGGUCAAGAAACAUUAUAUCAAGCAGCUUUUACUCGCGCAUUUUAUCAUCAACAAUAUUUUCCAUGGUAUCAUUUGGGUUUUAUCCCGUCUCCCUGGUCAUUUGCAAUGACAUCGUGGCUUAUGUAUGUGGAUUCUUCUUUGGCAACACACCGCUGAUCAAACUGUCUUCGAAGAAGACUUGCGAAGGAUUUAUCGGUGGCGGGCUGGCAACUGUAGUGUUCGGUUUCGUUUUGGCCCUUAUCAUCAUUCGUUACUACUAUUUUGUUUGUCUGCUUGAAUGGAACGAUACCGAGGGCUGUUUGACCGCGGAGUGCACACGCAACUCGGUCUUUGUUCCACGGACGUAUUACGUGUCCAAUUGGCCCUUCAUGGUACCGUUCCGACAAUUCAACUGGUAUCCGUUCCUCUGCCAUGUUCUAGUCACUGCCACUUACUCCUCCGUCUUUAGACCAUUCGGUGGAUUCUUCUCAAGCGGCUUCAAACGGGCGUUCAAAACAUGUCCGACCAUUUCAAUUUCAGUGCCGUUACACCACCUCUUUUCUGACUUAUUAGCUGCCGUGAGUUGCAUUACCGUCCAACUCAUGAACCCUGGAGAAUUGAUGGCUUCCCAACAGCUAUUCCGUAGUGCUCUCCUGGGCUUUUCUCCGUCGACCCACUUCUAUGAUGAAAAGAAACCAGCUUCAUUGGAAUGGGUCCCCCAUUUCGUGUUCUAG